ACCUGAAAUGUUGCUGAAUUCAUUGCAAUAUUCUUACUUUUCUAAACAAGCAUUUUUGAAAAUAUCAAUUUUAUUGUGUGGUUUUCCUUUUCCUUCCAGAGUUCAAGUCUGACUGAUCUGUUCAGGCAUGCAGGUUCAUUCAAGGUUGAGAAACACUAAUUAUAAAAACAUGCAUCGAAGGCACACAACCCUUCGGGAGAAGGGCCGGAGGCAGGCCAUUCGGGGUCCAGCCUACAUGUUCAAUGAGAAAGGCACCAGCCUGACUGCAGAAGAGGAACGUUUUCUCGAUUCUGCAGAAUAUGGCAACAUUCCAGUUGUCCGAAAAAUGCUGGAGGAAUCCAAAACCUUGAACUUUAAUUGUGUUGAUUAUAUGGGACAAAAUGCCCUACAGUUAGCUGUAGGGAAUGAGCAUCUGGAAGUGACGGAGCUCCUCCUCAAAAAGGAGAAUCUAGCUCGAGUUGGGGAUGCACUUUUGUUAGCCAUCAGUAAAGGAUAUGUGCGCAUAGUCGAAGCAAUAUUGAAUCAUCCAGCCUUUGCACAAGGGCAACGUCUCACACUCAGCCCCCUUGAGCAGGAACUGAGAGAUGAUGAUUUUUAUGCCUAUGAUGAAGAUGGAACUAGGUUCUCCCAUGACAUUACCCCCAUCAUACUUGCUGCCCACUGCCAGGAGUAUGAAAUUGUUCACAUCUUACUACUAAAAGGCGCACGGAUUGAAAGGCCACAUGACUAUUUUUGCAAGUGCAACGAAUGUAUUGAGAAACAGAGGAAAGACUCCUUUAGUCACUCUCGAUCAAGAAUGAAUGCCUACAAAGGAUUAGCCAGUGCUGCUUAUUUGUCUCUUUCCAGUGAAGACCCUGUCCUUACUGCUUUAGAAUUAAGCAAUGAAUUGGCCAGACUAGCCAACAUUGAAACUGAAUUUAAGAAUGACUAUAGGAAGCUAUCUAUGCAAUGCAAGGACUUCGUAGUGGGGGUGCUGGACCUCUGCAGAGACACUGAAGAAGUAGAAGCAAUCCUGAAUGGAGAUGUGAACAUACAUCUGUGCCCUGAUCACCAUCGACCAAGUCUGAGCAGAAUUAAACUGGCUAUUAAAUACGAGGUCAAAAAGUUUGUUGCUCACCCCAACUGCCAGCAGCAAUUACUCACCAUGUGGUAUGAAAACCUCUCAGGCUUACGGCAGCAGUCUAUAGCUGUGAAGUUUCUGGCUGUCUUCGGGGUCUCCAUUGGCCUGCCCUUCCUUGCCAUAGCCUACUGGAUUGCUCCCUGCAGCAAGUUGGGACGGACCCUCCGAAGUCCUUUCAUGAAGUUUGUGGCACAUGCUGUUUCUUUCACAAUCUUCCUUGGACUGUUAGUAGUAAAUGCUUCAGAUCGGUUUGAAGGAGUAAAAAAUCUUCCCAAUGAAACCAUCACGGAUCAUCCAAAACAAAUAUUUAGAGUCAAAACAACACAGUUCUCAUGGACAGAAUUGCUGAUCAUGAAGUGGGUAUUGGGCAUGAUAUGGUCAGAGUGUAAGGAGAUUUGGGAAGAAGGUCCACGAGAAUAUGUGUUGCAUCUCUGGAACCUGCUGGACUUUGGGAUGCUGUCCAUCUUCGUGGCAUCAUUCACUGCCAGGUUCAUGGCUUUUCUCAAAGCCACUGAAGCACAACAGUACGUAGAUCAGUACGUUCAAGACGAUGACCUCAAUAAUGUCACCCUUCCCCCUGAAGUUGCUUACUUUACUUAUGCCAGGAACAAGUGGCUUCCCUCGGAUCCUCAGAUCAUUUCAGAAGGACUGUAUGCAAUAGCUGUGGUACUCAGCUUCUCCCGCAUUGCUUACAUUCUUCCAGCCAACGAAAGCUUCGGCCCCCUGCAGAUCUCUCUGGGGAGGACUGUGAAGGAUAUCUUCAAGUUCAUGGUCAUCUUCAUCAUGGUGUUCCUGGCCUUCAUGAUUGGAAUGUUCAACCUUUACUCUUACUACCUUGGUGCGAAAUACAACCCAGCGUUUACAACGGUAGAAGAAAGUUUUAAAACCUUAUUCUGGUCAAUAUUUGGCUUAUCUGAAGUGAUAUCUGUGGUGCUGAAGUAUGAUCAUAAAUUCAUUGAGAAUAUUGGAUACGUACUCUAUGGAGUAUAUAACGUGACCAUGGUGGUGGUGCUGCUUAAUAUGCUAAUAGCCAUGAUCAACAACUCCUAUCAGGAAAUUGAGGAGGAUGCAGAUGUGGAGUGGAAGUUUGCACGUGCGAAGCUCUGGCUAUCCUACUUUGACGAAGGAAGGACUUUACCUGCUCCUUUUAAUCUAGUGCCAAGCCCUAAAUCAUUUUAUUAUCUCAUACUGAGAAUAAAAAUGUGCCUCAUAAAACUUUGCAAAUCUAAGGCCAAAAACUGUGAAAAUGAUCUUGAGAUGGGGAUGCUGAAUUCAAAACAACGGAAAGUUCGCUUUCAGUCUAGCACUCGAAACUCAGAAAAUUAUUCGGGGAAGAAUGCUUAUAACAAGCCCACGAGAUAUCAGGUGGCAACCCUACCUCCCUCUGGAUUCUACUACCUUGGCCAUCUUCAACACACCGUACGUGCACUGUGCCUCAUCUCUGUUGACUUAAUUGACUCACCUGCUUAGCCAGAUGCCUCUCUGAGACAAGGACAGAGAGUCCUAAACAUCCCGCAUUCCAUGACUACAUGACCUUUAUAUAAAUGACUGGAUCCUCCUUUGAUAUUCACAUGCCUUUAGUACCAUUAUAAUUCAGAGCUGGCUACUAAGAAAAAAGAGCAGGUGUAUUCAUAGAAUUGUAGGCUGGUUUGCAUUGGCAGGGACCUCAAAGCCCAUCCAGUUCCACCCCCUGCCCUGGGCAGGGACCUACCCCCAGCCCAGGCUGCCCAAGCCCCAUCCAGCCUGGCUUUGGGUGCUGUCAGGGACAGGGCACCCACAGCUUCUCUGGGCAGCCUGUUCAGUGCCUCCGCACCCUCAUAGUAAAGAAUUUCUUCCUUAUAUCUAAUAUGAUUUACUCUAAUCUGAUUCCUUAAUUCAUGUUCCAUAAUCUUUGCAGUGUUUUCAGUGAUAUUUAAGACAGUCCUGAUUGCUCUGGGAAUAUAUGAGCUCACACUGAGAGAUAUUUUUCCUUUAAUAACGUCCAUCUAAUCAAAAAAAAAUAGAAAAAUAAAAUAAAAGAUGUUUUCUAUCUUUUUUCUAUCUUUUCUUGGAUGUUUGCUGAGGCCUCUGUUGUUUACAGAGCAUGCAGAAAGCUUUGAGGGCACAGAAAUCUUCAUUGAACCUAUCACUCUUUUGUCUCAAAGAAUGCGAUUUGAAUACUACCUCUUUCUGGCAGUGGUUAAAUCAAAAUAGGAGAGUAAAAGGCUCUCCUAUUAUACUCUGCUUCAAGAAGCUGCUCCCAACAUGACAGCAUGUGCUGCCUUAUCUGCCUGAGGACCUCCAAGACUGAGUUGUGGUGAUCAAGCACUUGGGUACCCAAAGAAGUAAUGUAAAUAUCUGAUAACCAAAUUUAGGUAUAUCUGUUGGGACACCUAAAUCAUCAUCUCUGAUAGAGCAAUGAUUUCACAUUUCUCACACUGGUGUCACUGGCAAUGAUGCAGGCCUUCAGCUGUAGCCCACUGUGUAGAUCGACUGCCAAAGUUACUUUCCUUUUACAGAAAUGUAACAUGCAUUUUUGGAACAAUAUCACAUUGCAAGGUUGUAUUCAUAAACGUUUCCUACAAUUUCCGUAUUCUCUGUUCCAUACUAACAGUCAUUGCCCAUGUUAUAAAUCUGCAUGGUGCUAUUUUUACCCUGUGUAUGUCCCUUAAAAUCUGCCAUUUUACUCUUGCCAAGCUCUCCAUUUUUGUUCAAACUCUCUUUCUCUGUCCCUCAUUGUCUGUUUUCUCUCCAUAAGCCUGAAUUCCGAAGCAGAGUCUUUCUGUUUAACCUUGGGUCAGAUGUUCAGCUCAUCAUCAUGAGUGGCUUUGUUAACAACAUUAAUUAACCACUUAAUCCUUCCAGUAAAUUAUAUUUUAUUGAUAUAUUAAAUAGCAACAUGCUAAAAAAUGAUCUGGAUCCCAUUUCUUAAAUUGCUACUGCAUCAUCUGUGUUUUCAUCCUGUCCAUUUGUGUGCAUCCCACAAACACCCCAAAGUAUCUUUAUGUGUACUCAUUAUGCAAUUGCUGUCAAUCAACUAUUUUAAUACAGAGUUCAUAAUAUAAAGUAGAGAAUAAAUGAAAAGUCAGUAAUAAAAUUCCCUUUGUUUCCUCUGAGGCCAGGCUUCAUCCUUAGAGAAAUCAGGCACUUGAAUUGCUCAUAAUAAGUCUAGAAUUAAGGAGGUGUGGAUAAGCUCAUGUU